CAAACAAAUUGUUUAGUUCGGUUAACCUAGUAGUAAAUAAUUAGUUGUGUUAAAAUAGUUAUUUCUCUGUUUUGUAAAACUGGAUAAAAAUUUAUUAAUACAUUAUUCGAAAGCCGAAAAAUAAUGCUUUAAUUUUUAUCAGUUAAAAAGAGGUUCAGUAGCAGGGAUUGCCACGUUACAAGUUUUUGAGGUUAACUCCAUAAAGAAUUGAUGAAAAAUGAACUUAACAUAAGUGUAUAAUAGGUGUAUCUGUACCAACAAAAUAAUGAGUAUCGUCCUACAUAAUACAAUAUAUUUCCUCCUAGUUGUUGCAAGAAUUAUUUCAACUUUUUUACCACAGACAGGUUACAUUCACCCAGAUGAAUUCUUUCAAACAUUUGAAGUUCUAGCCGGGAAAUUCCUAAAUGUUGAUAUAAAUAAGCCAUGGGAAUUCAAUACAACAUUUCCCAUUCGAAGUAUGUUUACCCCUUACAUUAUGGUUGGGACAGGAUUUAAGUUUUUACAGACAAUUAAUUACUUUUCAGAGGCAUGGUUUGCUAUUUCAUUAAUUACCCCUUACUUCACUUUAAUUAUUCCACGUCUAGUAAUAUGUCUCUUUUCUCUCAUCAAUGAUUUUUGCCUUUUUAAAAUAUGUGUAACCAAUAAUGAGAAAUAUCAAUCCCGGCUGAUUAUUCUUGCUAGUUCAUAUGUAAUGACUGUAUAUGGAACCAGGACAUUUACUAACACUAUUGAACUAAUCCUUUUCUCACUUUUAUUAUAUUAUGUAUCUGAAAGCAUGAUUUUUUCUAAUAUAGUUGUGAAACAAACUGAAUAUUUGCAUAUGCGUCAUCGAAAGGCAAAAACAGCAGCUGAAAAGGCAAAAUUUCAUAAAUUAAAACUUCUACUGCCAAAUUUCUCUUUUCGAAAUUGUUUUAUAGUUGCAACAAUUACAGUUGUGGGCUUCUUUAAUCGACCAACAUUUAUCGCCUUUGCAGCUGGUCCUGUAUUCUUUUGGUUGUACAGAGGGAUGGGAUCAAAGCCUGUUAUUUCCUUACAUUUCAAUAUUAGGAUUUUAAUAUUUGCCUUGUGCACCCUUCCGUCAUUUAUAUUCCUGAUAAUAUUUGAUUCUUUUUAUUAUGGCUAUAUAUCAUGGGGCGAAAUCGGAAUGAUGGACGUUUCAAUAAAUAGUUUCGUCGUUACCCCUUUAAAUUUCAUAAAGUACAAUGCAGAUAACAAAAAUUUAGCACAACAUGGACUACAUCCACGCUAUUUGCAUAUGCUAUGUAACAUUCCACUUCUUUUUAAUGUAUUAGGAUUCCUGGCAUUUUAUGAGAUUUUAGUAGCUCUCAAAAGAAUAUAUGAAGCUCGUCUAAAUCAUUUGCCGCAAAUUAAAACGAUAAAGGCACUUAUGACUGCGAGUACCUUAAUAGCAUUGGCUAUUUUUUCUGUUAUUCCACACCAAGAAGCUCGGUUUUUGAUUCCACUACUACUUCCAUUAGUGUAUUUACACGGUCCUAGUAUACUAAAGGAGCCAGAACUUGCUAUAAUCGAAAAACAUGAAAAUAAAAAAUUAAACAAAAGUUCACCCAAGAAGAAAAAAUCGUCACAUUCAUUGCUAAAAAUCUGGAUUUUUACUAACUUAGUAUGUUUUAUAUUCUUUGGUUUAAUACAUCAAGGAGGUGUCGUUCAAGUGCCUCUAAGUUUUAAUGAAAUGUUGAAAAAACCAUUGACACAGUACCAUUUGCUUACGUGUUACACUUAUAAUAUUCCUUACUCGUUGUUUCUUCAGAAACCUCGUCGUUCAUUCUCGUUUACGGAUUUUAAAGAAAUAAGUUAUCGAAAAGUGUAUUUGCACGAACUCGGUUCCGUAAGUUAUUCCACUGUUGCAGAAGCUUUAGUACACGUUCACAAUCACUGCCUUCGCAGUCAAGGAAAAUAUGUUCAGGACUGCAAAUUUUUUGUUCUUUGGCCUACAGGUCUGGAAAGUUUUUUCUUACAAACGAUCGAAAACGUUAUCAACACUAAAAUUAGAAAAGUACGCCUUUUUUAUCCUCAUUUCAGUGUUGAGGCAUUGGAAUAUUUUGAUAUGUAUUGCUUAGAUUCGUUGCCACCUAAAGAGUGUGAAAAAGAAAUGAUUUUACCUACUUACAACUAUCUCAUCAAGUUUUCGCAAUUUUUCAGUCUCUCUCUUUAUGAAGUUACAUUCGCGCAGGAUAUAGAGGCUGAAUGAAAUGCAAUUUAAAAAUUAGUUUUUUUGUUUUUAGUAUUCAACGAUUUAGUCUGUGAUACUUUACAUUGCCAUGUUUUUUAAUUUAUUGUAAACACGUAAAAAUGUAUUUAAUUAAAAUGAUGUUUAUUCAUUUUUAGCCAAACAUAAAUUCCUAAUUGUUACAUU